UAUCAGAGUGGUGGAGAAAGUACUGGGGCUAGUUAUGCAAGUGAAAGUUAUACAAGUGGUGAAGAGUCCUACUCUAUUGAGGAUGGGGAGUUGAUGAUCUUGUUAUUGCAAACUUAGAGAGGAAUGAAUUGAAAAAUCGAACUCUUGAGCUGGAAGAAGAAUUGGCUGCUAAGAAAAUUGCUCUGAAAGAUAUCAGUAAUGAAAACACAGAACUGAAAUCUAAAAUUGAAAAUUUUCUCAAACCAGGUUUCAAGGAUACUCAUGCUACAUCAAUGUUUAAUUUGAAUGAGAAGAUAAGCUCUCUAGAAAAAUUGAUAAGUGAAAGAGACUUUUUGUUGAAAGAACUGAAAGAAGAAAAUGAAGAACUUAGGAUUCGAAACAAAGAAAUGUCUGAAUCAUUGCUAGUUGAAGAAUUACAAAAACAGUUGAAUUUUCAACAAGUAACUUUGAAUGAACUUAAUGAACAAAACCAAGGACUUUUACUACAAGUUCAACAACUACAGUCAAAGCUCGCUCAAGAUGAUCUUGCUACAGAAAUUGAUUCCAAAGCCCAAGAUCUUUCAAUAGAGCAGUUGAAUGAGGAGAAUGAACACCAAAAAGCCAUCAUAAAAUCUUUGGAAGAAGCCAUAAGUCAGAAUAAAGCACAACUACAAGAAUAUCACAAAGCAUUGCACUUAAAAGAUCAGGAAUUGCAACAGGUUGCCAAUUCCUGGAAAGGCUAUCUUUCACAGAAUGUUGCAAAAUAUAAUGAGCAAUUGACUCAAAAAGAUCAACAACUGAACGACGCUUCUAAUGAAAUUACUAAACUGCAAAGUUUAUUGAAUGAGAAAAGUUUGGGAAACGAUAAGGUCGACCAGAUGCAGGCUAAAUUGGAACAGGAGCAAAAAGAGGUUUCUUUACUGAAAGCGCACAUUGAAACUCAAACAGAACAGUUAGUCAUGAUGCAAGAGUCCUUGAACGACAGCAAUAUUUUACAUAAAGACAAAGAUGACCAGAUUUCGACCUUGCAGCAACAGGCGGAUUCUUUAUCACAAAACAUUGCGGAUAUGAGCAGCAAUUCUCAAACAAUUGCACAACAAAUGAUUGAGUUACGCAGUGUAUUAGACGAUCGCAAUGAAAGGAUUGCAGCUAUGGAACAUAACCUUAAUGAAGUUGAAGAUGAAAAAGAACUGUUGAAGACCCAGCUGAGAGAACAGACCGAAGAUUUACUGAAUCAAGUGAAAGUUUUACGAACUCAACUUCAAGAGAGUAAUACCAAAGUCCUUGAACAAACUGCUGACAUGGAAAGUUCUUUCUCCGAGUUGUAUGCGACUAACAAUAUGAUCAAAGAUCUUCAGAAUCAAAUCCGUGAUAAAGAUAUGGCUCUAGAAGACGCAGACCGUAAACUGCAGAGCACCGAGGAGAUACUGCAAGAGCUUCAACGGAAAUUUGUUGAGGAAAAGGAAAGACUUCAGAUUGAAUUAAACGAAAAGGAUGAGCUUUUCGAAAAAUCUAAGUUAGCAUUGUUGGAGGAAUUGAAAAGUGAAAAAUCUUCAGCGGAAGAAUACCAUUCGAAAGUCAUAGAUCUGUCUGCUCAAGUACAAAGUUACCAAGAGCGAGAUACGCAAAUCACCGAUGAAAUUUCUCGAAAGGAUAGUAUCGUGGAAGACUUAAGGCAACGUCUUGAUGAGACAAAACAAAACAGCCGAUAUGAAAUGGAAAGCUUAAAACUUGAACUCGAAAAUGUUAAAGAGAAAAACAAGGAGAUAAAGUCUGAGUUUGAGGGGCAGAUGAACGAAGCAUCUCGUAGCUAUCAAGAAGAGCUUAAACAGUUGCAAGAUAGUCUGGACGAAAGAGAAAAUAUGAUAAAUGCUUUGAAGGUUAAGAUUGAGCAAUGUAACUUUACGAUAUCUAAUGCUGAGCUUGGACAAAAAGAAGCAGUUGAAAGAGUUAGCGAAUUGGAAGCAAUAUUUCAUGGUGCCCAACAAAAGCAUGAUGAGGAAAUACUUCAAUUGAAACAAACUGUGGAGAGACAAAACAUCUCUAAGAUAGAACGAGAGGAACAAUUUCAAAAUGAAAUGAAAGUUUUAAAAGAAAAACAUGCUCAAGAGUUGACUGAUAUGGAAAGUGAACUUUUUAAUGUGAAAACAUCAUUCCUUACUGAUCAAAAUCGGCUUCAAAAUGAAAUAGAAACAAUCAAAAAACAGUACGCUGAUGAAAUGGCUACGAUGAAUCAACUGAACAGUGACUUAACUGCACAAAUAUCAGGGGAAUCUAAUUAUUGUAAUGUCAAGGAAGCACUUCAACAUCAGCUUGAAAAAAAAGAAAAGAUCGUUAACUUAUCGGAAUCGUUAGCAUUAGAACAGGAAAAACUUAUAGCAGAAGGCAUUGAAACAAAGAAUGAACUUAAUGUUAUUCAAAGUGAUUGUGAUGAUGUUGAUGAACUGCAUAAAAAAAUAAAAACACUCGGCGAAAACUUGGCAAAAGCACUGGAACGUGAAAAUCGUUUGAUAAAAGAGAAAGAGGAUUUAGCCGUCUUAUAUCAACAAAUUGAAGAAACAAAUGGACAAAAGAUUCAAGAGGCUGAGUUUAAAUAUGACAAAAUGAACGAAAUUCUUAGAGAUAAGCUGGAACUGUCUGAAAAUACUGAAGCUUUGCAAGCAGAAAUUAAUCAAAUACAUGAAAAUUUGCAAUCUAAAGAGAACGAACUUGAUGUUUUGAAAAACAGCAGUCAAUUAUUGGAAGAAAGCAGUGUUUUAAUGAAGGAAAAAUGUGGUGAAGUAGAAUUAUUACUUGAAGAAACUAAACGAAAGAUGAAAGAUAACCAGAAUGAGCAUAAUGCGAAAGUUAAAGAGCUAGAGAUAAAGUUGCUAGAAUAUCAACAGAAUUAUGAAGGAGUACUGUCUCAGAAACAUGAAAUUGAGGAACGUAUGAAAGAGGAAAAACAAGCUUACGAAAAUCGAAUACAAAAUUAUGAUGAUAAAUUUAAUGAAUUAGAUUAUGUUAGAAAGGAGAAGGAAGAUAUAUUUGAUAAACUUGGAAAAGCCGAAGAAGAAUUGGCUGUUCAAAAAGAAAAGUAUGAAAGUGAACUCUCAGACCUCCGUGAAAAAUUGCGCGAAGUAGAAGCUAAGCAAUUGCAUACAAGUGAAGUUCAGAAAAUGCACGAUAAUUUAUCUCGUGAAUAUGAGAAAAAUAGUUCAUAUCUGAUGGAGAGAGUCGACACACUCGAACAAAGUCAAACAAAGAUUAUUUUCGAGAAGGAAGCAUUGCAAGAGAUGUUUGAUAAGUCUCAGUCAGAGCUAAAUGAAUUAAAGGAAGAACACGAGAUUGAAGUACAACAAAUGGACGAACAACUUGAGCAAACUCGGAAGGUAAUUGAAGUGUUGAAAGCGGAAAAUGAGGCUAAAAUUCUCAAACUUACAAAUAAUUUACGUGAAACGGAGAAUCAAAAUGAAGAAAUGCUUCAUGCUACACAACGAGAACUACAAAUCAUAAAACAUGAACUUGAAAAUCAUGAUAGCUGGGACUGGCCUGUUGACGAUUUGCCUCGUGAAUCAAAAAAGUUGAAUGAACCUGCUCAAUUAACAUCAAUCGACGAAAUGGAAUCCAUCAAAAGAAUCACGGUAUUACAAGAGAAGCUGGCUGAAAAAGAGAGGAGCGAAAUGCAACUUAUUGAGGAAAAAAACAAACUCCUGAGGCUUGUUAAAGAAUACAACGAUUCUUUGGCGAAUGAAAGAGACUCCCUUAAAACAAAGAUUGUUGACCAAGAUGAAACAAUACAGAAAUUGCAAGAGCAACUUUCCAUGUCUGAAAUUGUGUCUACUGAUCUUCAACAAGAAUUUACUCAACAACUUAUCGUUCUCGAAAAACAACGCGAUUCUCUGUUAAACAAAUUGAAUGAACAACAAAAAGAACGAAGUACAUUUGUCGACAUCCUCGAAGAAAAACACUCUUUGGAGGAAAAUUUGAGAUCUGAGAAAGAGCAGCUUGCUGACAAACUUCGACAGAAAGAAGUUUUGGAGAAACAACUGGACGAUGAACGAGCUGCUUUACAGGAACAACUUAUUCGACAAGCUAGACUAAAUGAAAUCAUUCGUGAGAAGGAUGUAUUAGAACAAGAACUCACUGAACAAAAGAAUCAAUUGCAGCUUGAACUAAGUGCUAUCGAGGACAGUCUUCUCGCAAAGCAACAACGUCUUGAAAGAGAAAAAGAUACUCUACGUCAGGAGUUAUUUAAUAAAGAAUCCGAAAUGGAAGUUUGGAAAGAUGACUUGACUACUAAAGAGGAGAAGGAGCGAGAAGAACGUGAACAGCUUGAAAAACAUUUCACAGAAACAUUGCUGACAACCCGUAGUGAACUAGAGAACACUUAUCAACUGAAUCUAGAACAUUUGAAAACGGAACUUGAAGAUAACUUUAAACAUCGUUUGUUUGAUAUUGAAGAGGAUCUUCAAGUCCAACACCAGCAAGAGAUAGCAAGUUUAAGUCAACAACAUGAGCAACAGAUUGGCAUGUGGUAUGAACUGGCAAUGUGGCUUCUGCAAUCAGUAUCUGAACGGGAGUGUUUCCAGGUUGCUGGUGUAAAGGCAGAAUAUGAGGAAAAGAUUGAAAAUUUGAAACACAUCCUGGAGGAACAACGGCAGAAACAAGUGGAAACAAUGAAGAACGUAUUAGAGCGUGAUCAUGAUACUGAGGUUGAACAUCUUAUGAACGACCAUGAUAAUGAUUUGGAAAAACUAAGACAAGAGUUGAAUGUACGUCAUCAAGACAUAGUAAACGCUAUCGUGACAAGGCUAAAGGAAAUUCAUAUUCAGGAAAUGGAAGAAUGUAUGGCCAAGGCCAUCACUGAUACAGUGUUGAAGGUUGAAGUUGUCCGGCUGGAAGUGGAAAGUGAAUUCGAAAGAAAAUUUUCUGAACUUUAUCAGAACUCAGAAAAUGAAAUUAACAUGGUUAAGAAGAUGAACGAAGAAGAGAUAAGGAAUUUAGAAGAAAUGUACAAUAAGGAAAUAAAACAAAGAGAAGAAGCUGAAAAUCAACUUAAAAAUAUUUCGUUCGAACUACGGGAACAACACGAGAAAAACUUAGCUGAGCAAAUCGCAGCAAUACAAGAACGUCUUAAAAUAGAACACGAAGAGAGUAUAGAACAAUCGAAAAAGGAUAUUGAAAAGGAGUAUGAACAUCAAAUGGAAAUAUUACAAAAUGAACUUGAAAAGAAAUACGAAAUAAAUAUUCGAGAGUUGAGAGAGGAGUUCGAUAUACAAGGACGUGAGAUCACCACUUCAGCUAUUGAUGAACUUCAGAGGAAACAUUUUAUUGAAAUGGAUAAUUUGAAGAGUGAACAUGAACACAUGUACAUGCAGAUGACGAUAGCUAAAGAAAAAAAAAUUGAUGAAUUGAAAGUUGACAUCCAGUCCUUGACCGAAAAACUUGAUAAAGAGAAGCAAAACGUUGAAGAAUUGUCCUUCAAAAUGAGAGAAUCGUUGGAUCAGUCAAAAGUAACCGAGGAACUUAAAUACAACAAAUUGCAAACAACUAUGGAGCAAAAAAUUGUUUUCCUUGAAGAAGAACAUCAAGCAAAAAUGGCGCAAUCUGAAAAGGAACUGGACAAUAGAGUCCUUUUGAAAGAAAACGAAUUUGACGAGCAGUUGAGAACGUUACGAAGUAAUUUUGAUAAAGAGAAGAUGGAACUAGAGUUUAAAUAUUUGAAUGAUAUUCGCCAGAUUACGACGAACAACGACAAAAAGUUGUCUGAUAAAGAAGAACAACAUACAGCUGAAAUUACUCAUCUUCAACACAAACUUGCGUUAGUUGAAGAAGAAGCUGAAGAACGAAUCUUCAGAGAAGUGGAGGAGACGCGGCAGAAACUUUCAGAUAAAUAUCAAAAAGACGUAGACGUUAUUGUUUGUAAGCUUAAAGCUGAACAUCAGAAAGAAGUCGAGCAAUUAAUAUCAGAGGCUGAAGAAAAUCAAUCCAAUGUUGAACUAGAUGUUUUCGAGAACUGGAAGUCGAAGGUUGUUGAAGAACACGUAAAGGAAAUAAAUGAUCUAAAAAUGAAACAACAAAAAGAGUUGGAAACAAUCAAGUCGAUUUUAGCUCAAGAGAAACACGAAGAAUAUGAGAAAAUGAUUUCAACAGUAAACGACAAACACGCUAAAGAACUGGAAGAGGUUCGGCGCAAUCUUACUGCGCAAUACGAAGAAGAGCUUAAAAAGGAAAUCGAAGGACAUCAGCGAAAUUUUAAUUUGGAAAUUGAUAAACUUGUGACAAAAUAUGAGUCUUUACGUGUACAACAUGAGGCAAUAGUCUACGAGCUCAACAAUUCGCUAAAUACUACUCUUGCAACACAGAUUGAAUCUUUGAAUAACGAAUUACGGGUAUGCAAAGACAUCAUACAAGAAAAAGAAAUGAAAAUUGAAAAUCUAAAACGGCAGCAUGAGUCUGAUAUGAAAGUUAUAAAGCAAAGGAGUUUUGACGAUUUAAUAGACGAGGUCUCAGAAGUCCGUGCAGAUCUUGCUCUCGAUGCUGCUCGUGAAGUAGAGAUUGUAAAAUUAGAAGCAGAUAAUAAGAUGAAGGAAAUUCAUAGUGGACACUCUAAGGAGAUUGCUAAACUGACUGCAAAUAUUGAACAUCUUCAAAAUGAAAGGACAGAAAUGCAAAAAAGUUUGUGUCAGCUGGAAGAAGACAUUCAUAAAGUAAAAGAAAACGCGAAUAAUGAAAAAAACGAAAUCAAAUCGCACCAUAGAAAUGAAUUGGAGGACCUCAAAAUGAGACUUGAUGGUAUCCAUGAGAAAACUAUUGAUGAACUGCAAGUUAAACAUCAGAAAGAAAUGAGCGACAAUGAGGAAAUGUGGAAAAAUACUUUAGAGAAAGAAAGAACUGAGAUGAAAAUAAAGUUGGCACACGAGGUGGAAAAUUACGGAAGGGAAAGGCAAAAAAUUGUAGACCAAUUGAAAACUGAUUACGAAAGGGAAAAGGAGGAAAUAAAAGACAGCCUAAAUAAAGAACACGAAGAGGCUGUAAAACAGUUGAAGGAAAGCUUUGAAUUAGAAGCGAAAAAAAUCGUAAAGCAAUUUGACGAAGAAAAGCAAGCAUUGACAAAAGAAAAUAAUGAAAUUGUUGACGAAAUGUGGAAGAAUCACGAACGUGAACUAGAGAAAGUAAAAGAUGAGUUAGUUAAAGCACACAUGGAAAAAUUUACAUCAAUGACAGAAGAAUUGGAUAAAUCACACCAGGCAGAACUUCAAACAAAAUUAAAAAACGCAGAGGAGGUGGCGCGCUUUGAUUUAGAGAAGGAACACCUGGAAAAUCUAAAGAAACUUGAAGACGAGUUACAAAAGAAACACGAGGGACAGUUAAAUUCUCUGAAUGAUCUUCUUGAACAACAUCGUGCCCAGAUACAGUUGCUUAACGAUGACCACAGUCAAGAGAAGAAAGUACUUGAAGAACAAUGGCAGAAGACAUUAACUGAACAGAUAGAUGCCUUGAAAAAUGAACAACAGGAGGAAAUGCUUCUAAAGGACACUUUGAUUGACAAAGCAGAAAAGGAAGUAAGAAGAGCCCUUCAAGAGAUAGAAACUAAAGACAAGCAUUUGAAUGAAUUGAACGAGUUCAUUGAGAAGAUUAGCUCAGAAUACGAAGAAAGUAUUAAAGAAAUUCGUCGUGACUUUGAGGAAAAGCUGAUCGCGAUGGAGAAAAACACAGAUAGUUCUCAGCAAGAGCAAAUACGUAGUGUACAAGAAAUGCUGUCGACGCAAAAUGCUAAAGAUUUGGAAAGAUUGAAGAUUGAAAAUGAUAAGCUUCUUGAACUCGCAAACAAAGACCUGGAGGCUGAGCGUUCUUUGAAAAAUCAAAUACAAAAUGAGUUGGAACAAAGACAUGAUGAACAUACUGCACGAUGGGUUGAACAGGAGAAAGCUUUCAAGAGUAAAAUUUUAAAAAUGGAAAGUGAAAUCGCAGAAUUACAGGAAGCGAAGGAAUUAAUGCAAAAGCAAGUGGAAGACAAGGAAAAAGACUUGGUUAAUCUUGGCGAGGUGAAGCGAACUUUGGAAAUAGAUGUUCGUACAUUGGAAGCACAUGUUCAAGAUGUUCAAAACAGGGAAGAAAGACAAAUACGUGAAAAUAAUAACCUCAUUCAGAUGCUGAGAUCUGACCUGGAUGCACUAAAUUCGGAAAGAGAAAGUAUUGAACGUGCUAAGGCGAACUUGGUGCGACAGUUAACUUCCGCUGUGCGAAAUACAAUGUUAUUAGAGGAUACAAUUGCGAGUCGUUUGGAGACUAUGUUCGAACAGGGCAUGCGUAACGAUGAUGAUGAAGAAACUGUAUCAGAGGUUGCAUCCAUACCCGAGGGCGAGGAUUCCCUUGCUGAAGGUUUGAGAAGGCGACAAGCUACUGCAAUGUUAGCGUCCUCUACUCCAGCUGCUCCAAUUGUGGGAAGAGAUCUUGAUGGCGAGGGGAAGACAACUCGUGAAGAUAAACAUGAUUUGUCACUUCUUAGUGAUGAAGGACUUGAAAUGUCUGUUGUAUUGAGUGAUAAUCAAGGUUCAUUAGAUGUUCAAAAUGACGAGACUAUUGUUGUUGAUUCUGGAAAUCGUUUGACUGUUGCGGUUAGGAAACUCCUCGAUAUUAUAGCUGCAAAUACAAGACAGUUAAAUGAUGCUCGUAAGACUCAAGAUGAUUUGUUGAACACAACAAGCCAAAGAACGGAAGAACUAAAUCAACUGACACAAGCUCAAAAUUUACUAAUGUUGCGUCUUCAAGAGGAAAUCAAUGCUAAAGAUGACAUGACAAACAGGCUGAGAAAUGCUGAGGAAGAAAUGGAAGUGCAUAUUGCAAACGAAGAAAGGCUUGAGAAAAUUCUUAAUGAAAAGGAGAAUGAAAUUCUUCAAUUUGAAGGAAAGUAUUUUGCGGAGACGAAUGAAUGUGAAGCACAUCAAAGGAUUGAAGAUUUAUUGAAAGAGAAAGAAAGUCUCCAAAAUCAAAUAGAGAAGUUAAAAAUGACAUCAGAAGAAGCUGAAAAAUUGUUCGAGAAAGAAAAACUACGACUUUGUGAGAAGAUUGAUGAGUUGGCAAAGGCAUCGGAAAGUGCCCUUCGCUUACAUCUGUCUGAUGAUUCUUGUCCUUUACCCGAUCAAAAAGUUAUCUUACCUGAAGAGAAGCCAGCAGACGACUCACAAUCUGUAGAUUUAAAAGAAGAUCAAAGAAGACUUUACGAUGAUGUCCAACAGGCUCAGCAAAACAAAGAUCGUUUUAAAGAGCAGUUAGAGCAAAAGAAUAAUGAAUUACUUCAACUUAAGAGUGACUUUGAGCGAAAAUUUCAGCAGGUUCAAGCCGUACAGCAACAUGGAAAGUUUCAGAUACAUGGAAAUGAAGAACUUCUCAAAGAAAAUGAAUCUCUCAAAAAAGAACUUGGUGUUUUGAAAACGAGCAUAAAAAUUCAACAGUUGAUUUGCAGAACAUUUUAUGUGAAAAAGAUGAACUACAAAGAGCGUUCAAUGAAGCCGAGAUUGCUUGGCACGAGGAGAAAAAUAGUUUACAACAAGAAUUAUUUGAUAGCUGUCUUGAAGCAUCUUCAUACAAAUAGAAAAAGAAGUAAAAGAUUAAAGGAAAUUAUUCGUGCAAAAGAAACUGAAAUUAAUCGACUGACUACCAGAGUAGAUGAAUUGAAAGAAAGAUUGUUGACUCAGGAAAAGAUACUUGAAGAACAUCGUGAAAUAUUGAGUCUUGCUGAAAAUGAAAAGAAUGUCAAUGAAAAGGAAAUACGUCAAUUAAAGGUUGCUCUCGCACGAGCAGAAGCCUUUGUUCAAGAUGGGGAAAGUAAAAUGCAGGAAAUUAUAAAAAAGUUAGAGUUAACAUACAAAGAUAAGACUGCUGAAGUCACUGAACAUCACAAAAAGCAGGUGGAAUUAUUGCAAGAUGAACUGAGUAAAGAGAAAGAAAAUCUGCUUCAAGAGAAAAAAAACAACUGCGAACUGAGAGAUAGUUUGGCUGAGCUCAAACAACAACACAGUGAGGAGCUGCAGUCUUAUAAAUUGCAAUUUGAAGAAGAUACCAAGACCAUCGUUGAAAACAAGAAAUUGCCAAAUAAUUUUGACAACGUUCAUGAUUCACUGGAAAAGACCAAAAUUCAUCAGCGUUUCUCUGUGGACGACGAAACAAAUGUUGAAUCUCGGUUAAAUGAUGAGAUUAAGGAGGUUGAUGGAUUCACGAGGACCAUUGCUGGUUAUUUGUCUGAAUUAAAACACGAAAGUUCAGCUGAUGAGCAGGAUUUAAACAGUUCAACUACGGAGAAAAUUGAGGGUGUCCUUGAUGAGCUGAGAUUAGAUGCGGACGCCGUGUAUAAAUUAGUGAAUACUUUGCCAUCCUUUUACGAUGGAAAUUUCAAAGAGCUUACAGCAAUUUUGGAGGAGGAAAGCCAACAACUAAAAGAAACUAUCAACAUGUUGAAGAAGAAAGCAGUUCUAACUACAGGGGUAAGAAGGCCGAGAAGGAACGAGGUUUCUAGUUAA